GUAAACAAAUAAAUACUUUUGUUUAUAUUAGUUACUGAAGGGGACAAUGCAUGAAUAAAAGAGCAGUGGCUAAAUACAAUUGAAUGCAAUAUUAAAUGACAAUGCACAAAUUUCUAGUUACUUUUCAUACAGCUUUGUAUGCACGAAUAUAUAAAUAUACAUAGAUAUACUAUGUAUGUAUAUAAAAAUAUAAAUUCAAAAAUAAAAUGUUACUGCGAGUAGGCUUUAAAUUCUUAAAAUAGUAAAAAAUAUACAUAUGCAUGUAUGUAUAGCCUUGUGUCCAGCUGGUAUACAUUACAUUUACGUUGAGAACGGUCAGAUUAAUACAUAUGAAUGUAUUUAAUUUGGAAAAUAUUUUAGUCAAAAUUGUUUACUCGCACGUCGUGCUGUUAAGUGGAGAAUUAAUUCAAUUGUGCAAAUGACAUCUUAAAUCUACUAUGUUCACGAUUUACAGCAUUCGCUUUGCGUACCUAAAAGAGACUCAUAUUCAUAUCUUAUCUAUGCAUCAGAUUAUCUUAUCAGGUGAAUAAAUACAAAAUCACGAAAUCCACAAAGGCAGACUAAAUAUCGCUGUUUUCAUUAAUAAAAAACAAUUGUUAAACGGUCAUAAAAACAUUAAGUCUACCAUUUUGCUAUUACAAGCUCUUUAUCAUGGAUGCUGCACAGACGAGUGCAACUGUGCCAGACGGCGGCCGGGGAUGGGUUAUUGUAGGCGCUGUUGCAUUGAUAAAUAUGACAAAUCAAUAUAUACACUCUGUUUUCGGCUUGCUAUUCGGUGCCAAAUUAAAAAGUAUGCAGGAGCAAACUUUCACGGCAGCAUUAAUUUUAAAUUUAAGCAGUUUGACAUUGAAUUUUUCCGGUUUAUUUAUUGGACCGGCUAUAAAAACCUUUAAGCAGCGUAAUGUCGCGGCAGCUGGGAUUUUGUUUGUUUCGCUUGGUUUGCUGCUUUGUGCAUUCGCAACGGAAAGCUGGCAUUUUAUUAUUGGCUACAGUUUAUUUGUUGGUCUUGGACUCGGUUUAAUAACACCAUCCACAUUUAUGGCUAUUAAUUCGUAUUUUAACACAAAACGUGGACGCGCUGUGGGACUGUCUUUAGCUGGUUCUGGGGUAGGUCAGGUGACUGUACCGCAUGUAGUACGCUUACUUCUAGAUAACUAUGGUUUUCGAGCCACUGUCUUUGCCAUGUCACUAUUUUCUCUAAUUGGCCUAAUUGGCGCUGCGUUGCUAAAACCACUAGCUCCUCCAAUGAGGCACAAUAAUCGCCAACAUGUGCGUCUAUUGUUAUCAACAGAUGAUGAGAAAAACAAAACAGCGCCACCACAGCUCAAAGUAAAUGAAGUGGAAAACAAUAAGUUGAUGAACAAAGAACAGGCGAAUGCAAAUGUGAGUACAUCUCUAGAUCAUUGCUGUAAUAAUGUGACCCAGCGAUUGGUGCAAGCUAUGGAUUUAGAAUUACUCAGAGAUACGACCUUCUGGAGUAUCAUUGUUGGCAUGGGCUUAGUGUACACAUCCACCAUACAGUUCACUAUGUUGUUUCCGCAUUUUUUGCAAUAUUCAGUUGGACUUUCGUCCUUCAAUACAGCAACAUGCAUGUCUACGGUGGCUGGCGCCGAUAUUAUAUGUCGACUUUUAUUGCCCUGCAUCACUGACAAGUUAAAAAUACCCUAUCGUCUUGUAUUCCUAAUGGGAACGGUGGGUUUGCUUAUUUCACGUGCAGCCCUAGCCGAAUCCAUGGACAUGACCACCAUCAUUGUGAUGUCAAUUUUUACGGGCAUGACCAAAUCGGCCACGGUGCUGAACAAUAAUCUAACAAUUUCCAGUCAUUGUCGACCAGAAAAACUACCAGGUGGCUUGGGUUUGAAUAUGAUCGCCAAAGGUGUGCUGGUUAUUACAGUUGGCCAACUGCUUGGUUGGAUACGUGAUUACACACACUCUUACAUACUGUGUUUGCAUGCGCAAAAUAUUUUGCUGUUGAUGGUUGUAUUGGUUUGGGCUCCAGAGCUUCUUUGCCAAUACCGGAAGAGUCAGAGAGCAAGAAAAGCGGCAGCAGCAGAGAGAGAAGAAUACAACAAAAUGAGCGCCUGCUGAACAUCUAAAGUUGCGAAAGCACCGGGGAUGGACACAGUAUUACUUUUAUGGUGUUAUGAAAACCAUUUUGAAUUUAAUACUUCAUUACUAUAAAUGUAUGUAUGUACAUAUUUAUAUAAGUAAAUUAAUUAAGUUAAAUUAACAUUUAUUGGAGAUUAAUGAAGUCUGCAUUAACUGGACUUUAUAUGUGAUAUUUUACUUUAUAAAAUUAUGUCAAUGCCCGUAAUUCAUAUAAUAUGAAUUGCAAGAUAUUUAUAAUUAUUUUACAUAUAAGUAUGCAAGACUAUUUUAUAUACUU